AUGCACUGUUCACUAAUAACUGUGACGGGAGUCCACGUGUCACUGUCCGAUGGCCGGGCCUUGAUACUCGGUCGUGGACCAGUGUCUGGUGUGACGGAUAAAAAGUGCUCUAGGCAUCAAGUAAAACUGGUCGCCAACUACGCAGACCGACAAGUUCUCGUAACACAGCUUGGCCCUAAUCCAUCCUCUGUAGAUGGAGAAGUCUUGGGCAGAGGUCAGUCUAAAUGUCUCUCUCAUGGAGGUACAUUGUACCUUGUCAAUCAGGCCCACCCCUUCAUGCUGCAGUUUUCUGACACCCCUAAUGGCCCUCAAGUAUCCUCUCCAGAAAAACAGAACGAGAAGAGAAAUGAUACACAUGAAAAGAAAGAGAAGCAGAGGAGUGCAUCUAAGGAUACCCAGCAAGCAGUUCCCAAAAGGAGUAUCCAGGAUUUCUUUGCCCCAUCUCCCAAAAAAUCAAUGAAAAGGCCACCUAGCUCUGAAGAAGAGGUCCCUGGCACAAAGCGGGGACGCACUGAGAAAUCUCCGGAAAAGAAUGAGGAUGAAGAGGAAAGCCUGGCAGAGGAGAAACUCAGACAGCUGCAGGAGUUUGCAAAGAAAGCCAUUACACAACAGACACCAGAAAAGUUAGCACCAGCCAGACCUCCUGCAUGCUCUCAUAGUCGUUGGGAACAAAUAGGCAACCUUAUGCUGUACACUGCAGCAGGGGUAUCGGCAAGCUCGAAGAUUGCAGGGUUUGAUAUUGACGGCUGUAUUAUCACCACAAAAUCUGGAAAAGUUUUUCCAACAGCUCCAGAUGACUGGAGGAUCCUGUAUCCGGAGAUUCAGCCCAGACUGGCCAGUCUGUUAAAGAAGGGAUUUAAGGUGGUGUUUUUCACCAAUCAGUUGGGCAUAGCUCGAGGCAAGCUAAGACCAGAGGUGUUCAAGUCUAAGGUGGAAGACAUUCUUAAGACCCUGAACCUGCCUGUUCAGGUGUUUGUGGCAGCAGGUCCUGGAAUUUUCAGGAAACCUGUGAUGGGAAUGUGGGAACACUUAUGUGAAAAGGCAAAUGAUGGGGUACCAGUGAAUAAGUCGGAGAGUUUCUAUGUGGGAGAUGCAGCGGGCCGUCCUGUGAACUGGGCCCCAGGGAAAAAGAAGAAAGACUUCUCCUGCAGCGACAGACUGUUUGCCCUAAACAUCGGACUGCAGUUCCACACUCCAGAGGAAUUUUUCUUGGGUUGGAAGAGUGCUCCUUUCACAUUGCCGUCUUUUGACCCUAGAAAAUGUGACCCGAACGGCCGUCUGUAUGAUCCUCCUGAUGCCAGUCUCACGUCCACCCGUCAGGAAGUUAUUGUUGCCGUGGGUUUCCCUGCCUCCGGCAAAUCCACCUUCUUCCACAAACACAUCAUUCCUAAGGGCUACGUAUACGUGAAUAGGGACACCAUGGGCUCCUGGCAGAGCUGUGUUUCAGCCUGCGAGCGUGCUCUAAAGGAAGGGCGCAGCGUAGCCGUGGAUAACACCAACCCCGACCCAGAGUCCAGGAAACGGUAUGUGGAUGUGGCUCAGAAUGCUGGCGUUCCCUGUCGGUGUUUCAACUUCGCGGCCUCUCUGGAACAGGCGAAGCACAACAACAGGUUCCGGGAGAUGGCGCCCUCUGCUGCCAAGCAUGCUCCUGUCAAUGACAUGGUCUUCCACAGCUACAAGAACAAGUUUGUGGCCCCCAGCUUGUCAGAGGGCUUUUCAGAAAUUUUGCAAAUCCACUUUGUGCCCGACUUUUCUGACAGUCAGUCAGAGGCUCUCUUCAGUCAGUUCUCUGAAGGUUGAUUUGUGUGGACUCUAACACUAGAAAGCAAAAACCUUGUCAACUGCCCAGAUGGUCCAGAUGUCAACCCAGAUAUUUGUUUGCUUCUGAUCAGCGUCCAUUUCUCCAUGACUGCUGCUCUGAACACACUUGUUAACCUGGGAUUGUUUCUGAGCAGGACUGUGAUGUGUUAUGAGUGAACAUGACCUCUGCAUCUGUCUGAGAGGAGCGGGUAUGACUAUGACUAGACUAUUAGCCCAAAUCAUCCACCUGUCAUUUCAGAAGAAUAAAAUGAAUCUGUUUAGUUGAAUCUGGUGGGCUGCUGGGGUUAAAGUAAACCAGAUUCUUCUUGUUUCUGUUGUCAAGGGAGACGUCUCUGCCUUAUCCAAAGAUUUGACUUUUUUUCAUUUGUAAA